AUGUGGAAAGCUGUGGUACUGGCUGUGUGUGUGCUGGUGGCUGGGGUUCAACCUAUGGAGGACCCAGCAUAUGGUGUGAAGCUUUGUGGUCGUGAGUUCAUCCGAGCAGUCAUCUUCACUUGUGGAGGGUCUCGAUGGAAGCGGUCACUCAGAAGUGCAGAUGUCUCAGAGGAUCCUUUCAGCUCCCAUCAGGAUGAGUCUUCUGAGGGUUUGAGUCACAACUCUGUGGUCGAGAGUCUCCUCCAGGGAAACAGAGAUAUCAGCCUCUCGUCCAGAGACAGUCAGGACGGUGGGUUUCUCAGGCCGGCUCGUUCAUUCAUUUCAGAGGAAAUCCUGGAAGCUUUGCGCAAGGCUGAUCGCAAGGGCCGGGACCUGGUGGUCGGUUUGUCCAAUGCCUGCUGCAAAUGGGGCUGCAGCAAGAGUGAGAUCAGCUCCCUUUGCUGAGUCGACCUCUGCCAUCCCACUAAAUACAACAUAUAGGAAGAUGAAUACUGAACACGGAAUUCCAACUACAGACAGAUACACAUAUGCUCACAUUUUUAUCCUUUCUCGCAGAUAUUAUUUUGAUUUCAGUGCUCUAUAAUUGCAAUUAAACCUUUAUAUGAGCUGUUUGAAAUGUUUAAUAUUUCAGUAUUUGUAAAGUGGAUGGAAAGGGCUGCCAUAUGUUAUUAUUUUUGUUAAAACUGCAUUUUGGUCUUUGUAAUAAACAGCCUAAAUCUUGUUUUGCAUCCUCCCA